AUGUCCGGCUCUAAAGUAGGAGCUCCUAUGGUACCUCCAAUCAAUUGCAUAUACAACUACCUUCAUCAUCAGACAACAGUAACGUUUUGGUUAUACGAACAAGUACAGACACGUAUAAGAGGCAAGAUCAGAGGCUUUGAUGAGUUCAUGAAUGUGGUAAUAGAUGACGCUUUCGAAAUAGCUGUAGAUCCGAAAAGUGGUAAAGAGAGCGAUGAUAAAGCAGUGUUUCUUGGGAGAAUUAUGUUGAAAGGUGAUAAUAUAACACUUGUUGUGGCAAAUUGA